UUGGAGAGCAGCACUUGGCAAGCAGGUCCAAACUUCCUGCAUGAGAAAGGACUGUUUCAUCCCCCUGAACCCAUUCGAAUUAAAGUGGAAGAAACCGACCCAGAAGUGAAGAAAUCAACAACGCUCUCAUCUAGAGUUGAACUUCACAACACCUUCAACACCAGCCGGUUAUCGCAUCUCUCUAGCUGGAACCAAGCCAAGAGAGUAAUAGCCUUGUGCGCGAGACUCAAGCAGCGUCUAAAGAUGAGAGGGAUCAAGCUUAAAAAAUCGCCAUCUUUGAAGAAACCAAUACCUAGAAUAUCUCUAUGCGUUGCUAACCUCCAGGAAGCUGAGUUGGAAAUUCUUGGCUUAAUCCAGAAAAGGCACCUUGGUCGCGAGCGAGAAGUACUCACCAACCUGGAUGUGUCAGAUGACAACAAUCGACAGAUUGCUAAACGGAGAAAUGAUGACAUUAAGCCAACAAGCACAUUGUAUCGAUUAGACCCAUUUCUGGAUAGCAAAGGUCUAAUUAGAGUCGGAGGUCGAAUUCAGAGGGCAAAUAUCCCAGACGAUGUGAAACACCCGGUUAUCGUCCCCAAAGAUGCUCAUCUGACAGCACUUCUAAUUCGGCAUCACCAUGAAGAAGUAAAUCAUAUGGGCAGAGGAUCGACUCACAAUCAACUUCGUCAGGCUGGUUACUGGGUGAUAGGUGGUUCGUCAGCUGUCUCAUCCAUCAUCACCAAAUGUGUGACCUGCAAGCGACUUCGUGGACCUCUUGAGAAGCAGAAGAUGGCAGACCUCCCGAAAGACAGACUGGAACAGGCUCCUCCAUUCUCUUACUGUGCUGUCGACUACUUUGGGCCAUUCUCGAUCACUGAGAAACGAAGCACAGUGAAGCGAUAUGUAGCACUGUUCACCUGCAUGGCAUCCAGAGCUGUCCAUCUGGAAUCAGCCAACAGCCUCGACACCAGUUCCUUCAUCAACUGUCUUCGAAGAUUCGUUAAUCGCCGUGGACCUGUUCGACAAAUUCGCUCCGACAGAGGAACUGCUUUCGUGGGUGCUAGGAAUGAGCUCCGAGACGCCUUGAAACAGAUGGACCAAGACAAGAUCCAGCAGUAUCUUGUUGAAAAUAACACCGACUGGAUUCCCUUCGUAAUGAAUCCACCUCAUGCAUCACACAUGGGCGGAGUUUGGGAGCGCCAGAUUCAGACAGUUCGUCGUGCUCUAGAACCCCUCAUGAUGUCUGCGGGAAAACAACUAGAUGAUGAGGCAUUUAGAACAUUUCUUUCUGAAGCAGAGUCGAUCGUCAACUCAAGGCCUCUUACAACACAGAACCUGAGCUCGUCUGAUGCUCCAGAACCAUUGACACCUAACCAUCUCCUGACUAUGAAGGCCAAAGUAGUCCUCCCACCGCCAGGCAAGUUCCAGAAAGCAGACAUGUAUGCUAGAAAAUGGUGGCGUAGAGUCCAACAUCUUACCAACGAGUUCUGGACGAGGUGGAGGAAAGAAUAUCUAACCGACCUGCAAACUCGGAAGAAGUGGGCUCGACCAAGGAAAAGUCUUAAAGUCGGCGAUAUAGUCAUCUCCAAAGAAGCAGAUGAUAACCGUGCUCAGUGGCCCCUUGGAAGAGUGUCGAAAGUGUAUCCUAGCAACGAUGGGCUUGUGCGCAAGGUCCAACUCGUCAUGGCAGAUUCAUCGUUAGAUAGCCAGGGCAAGCGUAAGAAACAACCCACCAUGCUGGAAAGACCUGUACACAAAUUGGUGCUUCUCUUGUCUCCAGAAGAGACCUCGGAAACUAGUGACACAGAAGACCAAGGGAUUCCCCAUCAAGGAGCCAGCACAACACAAUGAACAUUUAAUUUAAUUUAAUUAUUUGUCUCUUUGUUUUCCACCUUUUUGUUCUUGUCCUUCCUCUUUGCCAUUUCUUUUUCCAAUCUUUUCUUGAUAGUUCGCUCAAGUAGACUUGUCGAAAUUCAAUUGUUUUGAUUCUUUGUUUCUGUAUUUCUACUUUUCUUGUUCUCAACUACUUUAACCUUUUAUCUCCUUUCUAUUUCUCUCCUAAUUUAAUUUCGUAUUUUCGCUCAAGUUAGUCGAUUUUAACUAUUGUAUCGUUGCUUUUUGUUUUAAAAGCGCCAGCUGUUUUAUUAUUUUGAUAUUGGUGAAUAAUUUGCUUCGAAAUUUAUGUAAAAUUGUUUUCGUUUAGCUUUCGAUUGGUAACUGCCUAUAAUUAAGCAGUUAAAGGAGCCAUGUCACUGCAGCAGUAUGCAGUGAAGGUUUAUAAUUUUAUAUUUACAUGUUUUCGAUUAAUUCAGUUUUUCAUUCUUUAAAUAAUAUUAAUUCAGUGGUUAUCUAUAAUGAUAUCUUCUAACUUGCUUUCAGUCUACUGAUUUUGAUCAUGUUUAGAUAUUGAAUUUAGUCUUAUUGGUAUAUAUCUAGUAGGCAUAUACAAUAUUUUCUUGUACAUAAAGCUUGUCAUUUAGUAUUAAAUAUGCUUGCAUGUAGUAGAUAUAUACUUGUACAUAUUUCAGUGUUAUAAGAUCGAGACACCCUGAUUAAAGAGAACUAUGUUCUCUGUGAAGGUUCUAUUCAUUCCCAGAGGAGCAAUUGUCUGGACCUUCAGACCUUUAGUACACAAACUUGGCCACAGUAAUUGUAGAACAAUGACCCCCUUUCAGUUUGUGUAGCCCCCUUUUCUAUAGUUUCAACUUGUACUGGUAGAGCUUGGCUUGGGUUUUAGCUUUUUGAGAAAGCCAAGUCAUUACAUUUCGGAAAGCCAGCGAGUUAACAUCAUAUUUUAGACACCUCAAGUAUUAAGUUCGAUCUUUCGAUACCUUCGAUUCAGUUUCAACAGUUCAAAGCCUCCAAUUGUAUUCUAUCUACUUACAACUACUUACUACUUACUACAUCUACUUAACUUGAUGUUACACGAGAGUUUUGCAAUUAAAAUCGAAUCGUCAUCGGUAAUUCUCUCUGUUCGGAAUAAGUUUCUUUUGGAGUGCAUAGUUCUUCGAACCCCCUUCGAACUCGA